GUUGAAAAUAGUGUCGUAUCUAUGUGUAUUUAUAGUGCUGUAUCUAUAUGUAUAUGCUGUGUACGAUAAAGAUUAAACCUUCUAUAGUCAGUCAUUGUAGGCAAAAAGUACUAUGUUAUUAGACAGACACAACAUAUAAUUACUAGACAGACACAUCAACACGUAAGGUUGCACUAUGAAUGUUUUAAUUCCCAAGGAUUCGCACGACAAAUCAACACGCGACGCAAGAUGUCUGGUGUGCUGUUCCCGUGCAGAUCUCGAUCAGAUGCGAUACAACGUAUUGCAGAAUCUAGAGGCUAUCGACAGAUCACUGCGGUCGCUUAGAGACCAGUUUCUACCCUAUCUAAACGGUGGUACACGCACGGCUGCACAACUUGGGCGUCUAAUUUUGUCCCAUCUCAUCAAUGACAUGGAACAUCAUAUGGAAUUGAAGCAGGUGCAGGUAG